UAAUGUAAAAUGAUUAGGUCACGAUCAGACUCAACACUUUCUUUCUCUUCCUCCCGUUUUCUUCUUCAAAGAUGGCAGCCAUGGAAGUUCACUGCCAUCGUCACCCACUCCGUCCCAAUGUCAAGGACUUUCUUCUCGUGGAACCAAGCCUUGUUAACGAUCCCUCACAGGUCCCUCGCUGCUGUAAAGAAGAUGAGAAGCUCCUCCGCCUGUCGCCGCCCCUACAACCCCUUCACGAUGACGCCGAUGCCGGGAAUGGAUUCCCAUGACUACGAAAAGCAUGGAAGUGAUCUUGGGUGGGAGGGAGAACUCAGCCAAGCUCCCAAACACAAUGAAAUUGUUGUGGCUAGAAUUCUUCAUGAUGUGGUUGACAACACAUGUAGAAGUUUGCAAAACAUAGAAGUGGAAUUUGGUGUAGAUGUAGUUAGAUUGGUCACUGGUGUUUCCAAGUUGAGUUAUAUUAAUCAGGUUUAUAUUGGACUACAAUUCGAGAUUGGGAUGCCAGCAUGCUUUUCUAAUAAUUCAAGCUACAUUUUGAACAUAGGUUUGCCUUUUAUUUUUUGUUGAUGAGAUUUGAUCUAAUAUUUUCUUACACCAUUAAUUAAAAAACAUUUUCCAACCAUUAUGACCAGGUAUUUCUUUUGUAUCCAAAAUCCUACGUAAUUGUUAGUGUAUGAUUUGCUUAAGAUCUUUCAUAUUGUUUACUUGA